AUGAAGGCCAUUAACAUCGAUCGUAACUCAGAAGAUGCAUUUUAUCGGUACAAAAUGCCAGAGAUAGAAGUGAAGAUAGAAGGCCGUGGGAAUGGAAUAAAGACAGUUUUGGUAAAUAUAGAAGAAAUCGCCAGAAGUCUGGACAGAGACCCGAAACACAUUACAAAGUACUUGUCAUAUGAUUUAGGGACUCUUUCAAGCGUAGACGAAGUAAAUGCAAAAUACAUUAUAAAUGGGUCUCAUACAGCAGAGAAGGUUCAGGCAUGCAUAUUCAAAUUUAUAGAAGAGUUCAUACUUUGCAAAUCAUGUGAAAGAAAUCCAGAAACUGUUUUAUUCACUGAUGCAAAUAGAAAGCACAUCCAACAAAGAUGCAAGGCCUGUGGGAAAAUAAAUACUAUAAAAACCCAAAACAAGCUGGGGAAAAUACUUCUCAAAGAACUUCCUGACAAAGCCGAGUCAGACCGGCUAGAGCCACAGGACUUUGAAGAAAUGGAUGAUUUUGAAGUAGACUAUGCAUUCGGAAAGUAAAUAAACCCAG